AUGCGUUCAGAGACGAACAACGCGUGGGCCGAGGGCUCCGGCGAGGACCCGCAGCGACCGAGCGAGGGUGACGUGGGCCGCUACACCGACAACAGCCAAAGCACCUCGCAGGCGCAGACGUGCAGCGACAGCCGCGAAGCCAGCGGCGCUCGCGCGACGGUGUCACUGCCCAGCAGCGUCGUACUCCGCAGCAGCCGUGGUCAACGAGAAACGGAGCCGCGGCCGCCGGUCGCCAGCCCGCCACCGCGGCUCCCGGCGAAGUACGCGGCACAGAUGGCCACUGCUGUUGCGGAUACCCCAGCUGAUACGUCUGCGGGGUAUCACGAUAGAGGAACACACAGCAGCGCUUCAGGUGCGAUGUACUCGAAUGAUGAUGAAGAGGUAUUAGAGUACGUGGAGGACGAGUCAGAAGGUGAAGAAGGCGAAGAGGGAGAGUGGGAGGAGGUGGGCGAUGAGGAAGAGGAGGAGCAGGAGGAGUCGGAGUCGGCUGAAGGUGCGCGUGCACUGCGGUUUGACUCAGAGGAGAGCCGUGCAAUGUCAUCGCAGCCCACUGCGUUCAUCAACACUGCCUCCACCUCUGCUGCAGCUGUGUUCGCCACUCCGCAUGCAGCCGCCGCCGCGGCAAUAGCAAAGCACGCCAACGAGGCGCAGGUCACGUCGGGGCCGAGCAAUGCAUUUCGGCGGGCAACACCAAAGGCACGUGCCGGCUACAGCGUUGGCUACACCCCAGCGGACGCGCAGUCGUCGUCGGAGACUCCGCAGGCGUCGCCCUCACGCCAUCAAGGAGGUACUGCAGAGGCCCAUAAAACUGCUGGCGAAUGCACCACAGCCCCUUCCGUCACUUCGGUUCUUGACGCUCGUCCUUUCCGCACCGCUGCCGCUGCGGAUACCGAUGCAGCUGCAUCAAGUAGACACGCCGACUCUCCAGUGGCCACAGCAACAGCAACGGCAGCAUCAACAGCACCACCAGCUCUGUUCGCAUACCAAGGGAACGUGGCGUUCCCGUUGAGCACUUAUAUACCCCCUAGCGCCCCGAACACAAUGGCGGCACCCAACGACGUACCUCUCAAGGCGUCGGCGACUUCAUUUCCCUCUGAAUCGUUCCCGGUGGAUCACACUCCAUCUGCCGCAACUGGCGAGUACUCCGUGUCCGCUACACCGGGAGACGAUGCAGCAAAUUUAUGCGUUUCUCUGACGCCUGCGGAGGCCGCAACGCCGUUGCAUCGCGAUGUCGACACACCCGGCUCGUGUCCUCCGGGUGUUUCUCCUCCCCACGCCGCCGCCGAGACCGCCGCAACGACCACCGUGUUUGGGCAGCCGUCUCGUCACAUUCAAACACCUGCAGAACCAGACGUACCGACGACUUCGACGGGAGUUGCUGGUGCUGAAAAGGCCGAGGACACGCCGGCCAAACCAGCCAGUCCGGUGCAACCGGCAAAGCCUUUUAGGUCUUCAACUCCAACGAUGCUGCAACCUGCCGUUGGCGCCGCUGCGGCUGCGGCAGUCCCAACGAGUGGUGCGGGGCUCCUCCAUUCCACAACGGCUUCAGAGCCAGUCCCCAACUUCUUUGCGGGCUCGUCUCACGCCGGUACCUUCACACGAACCGAAAAGAAACCAAACAUUUUCCCUCGCACCUCUGUCGAACCCGCAGCACGGCCAGCCGCACCGUUUGCCGGACUUGUUUUGUCGUCUGCUACGACUUCACGCUGCACCGUUACGGCCGCAGUACCGGCGGCUCCCACAGCGGUAGAGGCAGCGGGCAUCGUGCACACGUCUGUCCCGCCGCCUUCUCCAACUCAAGAGAGGACGCCUCGUCGAAAGGAAACAGCGAAAGCAACGGAGGGUGCCGCCGCGACGACGCCACCGCAGCAGCCACCGCCAUCGGAGAGCUCGUCGGCCGCUCCGUCACGCCUCUUUACGUCUCUCGCCCGAAGUCCCGCCUCCGUCGCCGUGAAGAGUCAACAGGAUUGGAAAGCGCCGACAACGGUCUCUGUGGUGCGGCACGACGUCAGCUCCACCACGUCCUCGCCGGUAUCGCCGCAGCGACCCACCGCAGGGCUUGUCGAUGUGCGGCCGGCGAGUUCGAGUCGGCGGAGCUCCUCGGUGGACUACAGUACCAUGGUGGGCUCUCCCAGGUUUGCGAAGGAAGAGGAAGAGGACGGAGAGGAGGAGGUGGAGGGAGGAAAAGGCGACGCUGUCGAGGUUGACGUGGACAACGUUGCUGCUGCUGCCACUGCUGCUGCGACGACGUCGGCGGAAGCUGUCAAAGCCUCCCUUCUUCGGUCUUCCACUCCAAUCAACGUUGUGACCGUUCUACCGAGCGCAGCGGCGUCGGCUGACAACAGGAGUGCUGAAGCGAAGCACGCGCGUCGUGCUGCGGUAGGUCGGAGUAAGACGGUGGAGGACAUCCUCGCCGUCAUGGAGGAGGCGGGCGCGGCGGAGGAUAUUCUGCGGUCAGCGUGUGAGCGGGAGGAGGACCACGUGCGAACCAUCUCUGCGGCCUCCUCCUCCUUCACCCCGCCGGUCGACUUGGGUAGCGGAAGGAGUGUGGGCCUCCACCGGUGCGACGCGUUGCCCGACGAGGGCUCCGCCGCGGCCGCAGCGAAGCCGGCAACGGUGUUCUACGUCGCACAUGUGAAGCCGCCGACUCCCCCGCCGAUUGCCCUGAAGGUCACGGUGACACACUUCUACAAUUACAGUGAGGGCGAAGGGAGGUGGCUUGCGGCACCGCACAAGACUCGCCACGCGAUGAACGUAUCGUCAGAAACACCGAUGGUCCAUACGCUGCCCUCCUCCUCUUCCUCCGCCGCCGCCGCUGAUGCUGAUGCUGCUGCUUCGUUGGAGGUUGCCCUUUAUUGUCGCCCGCUGCUUGUCCACCUGCCCCGGCCUCCUCUUCCCACGCUACUGCUCCUCUACGCGGAAGGGAGAAGCGGCCCGUUGCGCAGAGCUGCACAUGCAGCUCGCUAUGUUUUUGGCGUCUUGCUUCCAACGAUAGUGCGUACUGCUCUGCAGCUCUUGAUUGCAAUCACACUGCUUGUGAUUUGCACUUUGGUGUUCGACGAGCUGUGGCGGGAGUACCCGGCUGUGCGAGUUUGGGCUGCGCAGGUGGGAGGUUAUGUGCAGCGCAUUCCGUUACCAGAUUUUUGA